CGAUUCCAGCCCUCCGUUUCCCUCCCAAUCCUUCUAGGGCUUCUCGCCAAGGACCCGACGAUUUCUCUCCCUCAUCACCUUCGAGGGGCGUUGAGGGGUGGGCUCGCCACAUUUUCUCUUCUUCAUCACGCUCCGCGUGCCCUCUAUCUCAAUUUCCCUCCUCCGCAACGCACCUCUUACACUACACUCGGUCGUGUGCGACGUCAACUGUUUAAUCCCAGCAACCAGCGAUCACCAACGCCAGCCGCCGAGUCGCGCCCCCCACGAGCCGUCAUCAUGGCGUACGACAGUUCAGACGACGAUAUGCCCCUCGCGAGGCCCAACGGACGCCUCUCCUCGUCAACCAUUUCGCGUUCCGAGGACAAGGCGUUGGAUCGCGCCCUGCCCAACGGUAAGGCUAGUAUGGUUGGUCUGUCCCUGCACAACGGGCCUGUCGAGGGCGGCAUGGAUGUCGACGCUCCAUCUGUCAAUGGCGCCAACAAGCGCAAAUCUCGAUCGUCAAUCUCCAAGGUCAACUACAGAGACAACUCCGACAGUGAUGGUGAACCUCUAGCCAAGCGUCCCAAGCCCACCAGCAAGCCCGCAGAAUCGGACUCCGACGACGCACCGAUAAGCAAGGGGCGAGCAAGGAAGCUCCCUCCCUCGUACGAUGAGACGGCGCUUCCCGACACUUCAGACGAUGAUGACCGCCCCUUGGGCCAACGCCUUGCUCAGCAAAAAGCCGCCAUCGAGAAGAAGGCAGAAGUGCAAGCCAAGGCCAUCCGCGCAAAAGAGGCAAAAGCGCAAAAGGCUACCCCUAAGAAGGCGAUGAAAGACGAGUCCGACGACGAGCCACUUUCCAAGUCGGCGACUCAAAAGCGCCGUCAGUCCAACGGAGCGCCCGCGAAGCGGAAGUCAAACGGUGUCAAGAAGGAAGAGUCAGAUUCAGAUGCCCCCAUAUCCAAGAAGUCGAAGGCGAAGGCGGUCACGCCCGCUAAGAAGGGCAAGUCCGCGCCGCCUGCAAAGGACGGGAAGAAAGCCAAGCCAAAGGAGGAGAGCGACGCCGAAGAGGAGUACGCGUGGUGGAACGCCCCCAAGCCUGAGGACGACAGUAUCAAAUGGCAGACUCUUGAACACAAUGGCGUGCUCUUCGCGCCGGAGUACGAGCCACUUCCCAAGCACGUCAAACUGCUGUACGACGGUAAGCCCGUGAACCUCAGUAAGGAAGCUGAGGAGGUGGCCACUUUCUGGGUGGCGAUGAUGACGCCUGCUUCGUCUCAUCACCUUGACAAUCCCGUGUUCCGCAAAAACUUCUUCACCGACUUCGCCGAAUACAUCAAAAAGUAUGGUGCCACGGAUGCCCAAGGAAACAAGGUCGACAUCAAGAGCCUUGACAAGUGCGACUUCUCCAAGAUCUAUGAAUACUGGUCGGCCAAAACCGAGGCCAACAAGACCAAGAACCUGUCAAAGGAAGAGAAAGAAGCCGCCAAGGCCAAAAAGGACGCCUUUGAGGCUCCCUACCUGCACUGCGUGUGGGAUGGCAGGAAACAAAAGGUCGGCAACUUCAGGGUGGAACCGCCCAGUCUCUUCCGUGGUCGCGGCGAGCAUCCCAAGACCGGCCGUGUCAAGACUCGCGUCAUGCCAGAGCAGAUUACCAUCAACAUCGGCAAGAAGGCCAAAAUCCCUGAACCCCCGGCGGGGCACAAAUGGAAGGCUGUCCAGCACGACCAGAAGGCCACCUGGCUUGCUAUGUGGCAGGAGAACAUCAACGGCGCUUACAAGUAUGUAAUGCUUGGCGCCGCCAGUGAUGUCAAGGGUCAGAGCGAUUACAAGAAGUUUGAGAAGGCCAGAGAGCUCAAGAAACACAUCGACAAGAUCCGCAAGGACUACACGAGGGAUCUGAAGAGUGAGGUCAUGGCUGACCGCCAGAGAGCUACUGCCAUGUACCUGAUCGACAAGCUCGCUCUCAGAGCCGGCAACGAGAAGGACACUGAGAACGAGGCGGACACGGUGGGAUGCUGUUCAUUAAAGUAUGAGCACAUCACUCUUGAGCCACCCAACAAGGUCACAUUUGACUUCUUGGGCAAGGACAGCAUCCGCUACAAUGAGAGUGCCAUCGUCGACCCUCAGGUUUUCAAAAACUUAAAGUUGUUCAAGAAGCCCCCGAAGACGGAUGGGGACGAUCUUUUUGAUCGCUUAAACACUUCCCAGCUGAACAAGCACCUCAACAGCUGCAUGCCCGGACUGACCGCCAAGGUGUUCCGUACUUAUAACGCGUCCUUCACCAUGUCGGAGCUUCUGAAGAGUUUGCACAAAGACCCUCGCUCCAAGGGGAGCGUCGCCGAGAAGGUGAAGCUUUACAAUGACUGCAAUCGUAAGGUUGCCAUCCUUUGCAACCACAAGAGGACCGUUGGUGCCGGCCAUGAGCAGCAGAUGCAAAAGCUCGGCGAUAGGAUCAAGGGCCUUCGGUACCAGAAGUGGCGGACAAAGAAGAUGAUACUGGACAUCGACCCUACUCAGAAGAAGAAGAAGGGUGCGGCUUGGUUCGAACCCGAUGAGGACCUCGACGAAGAAUGGAUCAAGGAGCACCAGCAGUUCCUCAUCGAGGAGCAGCGGACCAAGAUCACCAAGAAGUUCGAGAAGGAGAACGAGAAGCUCAAGGCCAACAAGGAGAAGCCCAUGCCUGAGAAGGAGCUUAAGGAGCGUCUUCACGCAGUAAAGGAGCUCGAGCAAAAGUUCAAGAAGGAGAAUAGGAGCAAGAAGGUCGAGGCCGAAGGCCGCGGUCCCACAGUCGAGAAAUUCAUGGCCGCCAUCGAGAAGCUCGACGACCGCAUCAAGACGCUAGAAACGCAAGCUGAGGACCGCGAUGGCAACAAGGAAGUUGCCCUUGGCACCUCCAAGAUCAAUUACAUCGACCCGCGUCUUACUGUUGUCUUCUCCAAGAAGUUUGAUGUACCCAUCGAGAAGUUUUUCUCCAAGACGCUUCGGGACAAGUUCCGCUGGGCCAUCAAGUCUGUGGAGGAUACGGACGACUGGGAGUUCUAGGGCGGCACAGCACGCCCAGCCCCUUCGUUUUUCCUUCUUUUCUUUUGAAUUUCUUUCCGAUAGGGUGGCUUUGCCUGGGUUUGCUUAGCUUUGUCAUCUUUCGGUUCUUGCAGUGUCAUUUUUAAGCUUUGAGCAUUCUUACACAUCGGUACUCGAGAGAGAAAUGAGAUGUCAUAAACCAUAUAUCUCGAGAACAGGGGGCACCGGACGCUACUCAUGGCUACUACACGGUGUGGGCAUGGACAUGGCGAACUUGAGCACGCGGCGAAAAGGGAACAACAUGAUUCUUUGCGAGAGGGCAGGAGAGAGGACAAUCAAUUAUCCGGGCGGGACGGCAGGCAGCCAAUGCUGCUAACAUAGACGCAGGUGUAUUCUUAUGGCACGGGAUUCAAGCUACAUCUGGGUUGGUAGUUACGGCUGCAGGGGUUCCAAAAGGUCAGGGCUCAGCUCGCUAAGAGUGAGGGGAGGAGGCACAAGGUGGUUGGCACGUGCCAAGGUUUUGACUUUAGAAAAGAAGACAUGUAGGAAGUUGCAAGUUUUUAUCUUGGGGCGCAAUAUCCCGAUGAUCGCGAGCGUGGUGAGAGAUACAUGAGGUGUAUGUUCGAGGACCCUUUGCUGCAGGGUCAUGUUGCAAUUUGCGCAAGCAUUACCGUCUAUAUGUACGUACAUGUUGACAGUGGCCUUUUUGCCUUGCCAUGG